CCGGAUGUGACGUUCAGCAUCUGGGUACGUCGCCUUGACAACUGCUUCAAGCUUCUAGCCUUGAAAGAAUCGUUUUCUGUCAAGGUUACAUUUAUAUAGUCAAUAUGAGUGACCAACUCAAGUUCAUUGUUGAAAGACUCAACAAGGAGCCGUUUAAGAAGAAUUAUAAUUUGAUAACUUUUGAUUCGCUAGAGCCGGUGCAGCUCUUACAGGUUCUUAAUGAUGUUCUUGCAGAAAUUGACCCAAAGAACUCUGUGGACAUCCGAGAAGAGAUGCCCGAUCAGACCGUUAAAAGAAUGUUGAGUGUUCUUGGGAUCCUGAAAUACAAACCUCCAGGAGACAUGAGUACAUUUCGUCAAGGAUUAGUUGUUGGCAGUAAGCCUGUGAUUCAUCCAGUGUUGUAUUGGCUCCUCCAGAAAAUUAACGAACUCAAAAAGAGGGCUUAUUUGGCCCGUUACUUGGUCAAACUAGAAGUACCUGCGGAGUUUCUCCAGGACGACAUUGUAUCUGAGACAAAUAAGCAGUAUGAAGAACUAAUGGACAAUUUUAAAAUUCUUCAUAAAGAAUGCGAACAACUGAAAUCUUCAGGAUUUUCUACUUCAGAGAUUAGACGGGACAUCAGUGCAAUGGAAGAAGAGAAGGAUCAGUUAAUGAAGAGAGUGGAACGUCUUAAAAAAAGGGUGGAGACAGUUCAGAAUCAUCAGAGGAUGCUUGAAAUUGCAAGGCAGCUGCGAGUUGAAAAAGAAAGAGAGGAAUAUCUUGCCCAACAGAAGCAGACUUUGAGGAAUCAGCUGGAUAGUACAGAAAUGAAGCUGCAAAGGGCACAGCAGCAGUUGAAGAAUAUGCGCCAUGCUGCAGCAGAUGCUAAACCAGAAGGCCUAAUGAAAAGACUAGAAGAAGAGAUGAAAUUUAACUCCUAUAUGGUUUCUGAAAAGCUUCCGAAGGAGCUAGAAAGCAAAAAACACACUUUAAGUUUGCUGCAGAAAGUUGCCAGUGAGCCAGAAAUGGACCAGUCUGAUCUUACAGAGCUUGAAACCAAGAUCCAUGAAGUAAAUUUAGAAAUUAAUCAGCUUAUUGAAAAGCGAAUGAGAAAUGAUCCAAUGGAUGAUAAGUUGUCUAUCUUUAGACAGCAGGCUGCUAUCAUUGCACGAAAGAAGGAGACCAAAGCCGAAGAAUUACAAGAGGCAAAGGAGGAGAUUUCUAACUUAGAAAAGGAAAUUGCACAAAAAUCCAGCCAAGCCCGAGAUAUUGACGGUUCCGAAAUUCUAAGAGGCGAUGAGUUUAAACGUUAUGUCAGCAAGCUUCGUGGGAAGAGCUCCGUGUUUAAAAAGAAACGUCAAGAAUUGGCAGAACUUGGCGCAGAAUGCGGAGUACUGCAGAGAACAGAGCAGAUCCUGAAGCAACGCCAUGAGAGCGUUCAGCAGCAAUUGCAAGUAAUUGAACAAAAACGAGGCAUUUCUGGGUACAGCGACACUCAAGAAGAACUAGAAAGAGUAUCUGCCUUAAAAAGUGAAGUGGAUGAAAUGAAAGGACGGACUCUUGAUGAUAUGUCUGAAAUGGUAAAGAAACUGAACUCCAUUAUAGCAAACAAGAAAAGUGCUUUGGCUCCAGUGAUUCAAGAACUAAGACCUUUACGUCAGAAAUGUCAGGAACUGACCCAAGAAUAUGAUGAAAAGAAGGCUCAGUACGACAGCUGCGCUGCUGGCCUCGAGAGUAAUCGUUCAAAGCUGGAGCAGGAUGUCCGAGGCCUUCAUGAGGAGUGCAGCCAGGCUGAAAGUCAGUAUCACUACAUCAACUUGAUGAAAAAGGGUGUCGAGGUACUGCUCCAGCGCGCAGCAGAUGAAAUGAAAGCUUAUGUCUCCCCAGAUUCACAAGAAAGAAGGAAAUCCAUCAGGGAACAAUAUACAAGAAAUAUCUCCGAGCAAGAGAAUCUGGGGAAGAAACUACGAGAAAAGCAAAAGACUGUCCGAGAAAGUCAUGCUCCAAACAUGAAACAAGUCAAAAUGUGGCGUGAUCUUGAGAAUCUUAUGGAGUGCAAGAAAAUGUGUUUUUUAAAACAGCAAAACCAGGGAUCGAUUGGUCAGGUUAUUCAGGAAGGAGGAGAAGACCGCCUUAUAUUAUAGACUGUAUAAGUACUUUGCUUUUCAGUUUAAACCUGUAUGUAGUUUAUUUCCUCACUUAAAUACAUUAUCUGCUCGAUUUUACUG